UGCAUUCAUACUCGUCGAAAACCCCUUAUCUCAUAGUGAGCUCCCUAUUUGAUUCAAUACGUAACCGUCAGUUACAGACCUAGUGGUUAUGGAGCAUCGAAGACGCGUCUCCCGAGCGUGCGAUGAAUGUCGUCGAUUGAAAGAGAAAUGUGAAAGCGGCUUCCCGUGCCGCAGGUGUUCCCAUCUCCAACGGCCAUGUAGAUACACAGAUCCGACCCCGAAACCUCGUGAGUUUCGUGCCUACGUACCGAGAGAAAGCCGUCGGAGACCAGAUACGAGCCAGCUGAUUGAACGUUCAAAACACAUGGAACGGAUAUUACGGCGCACCAUGCCAGGAGUCCCGCUUGACACCGAGAACCUCUCCAAUAUAGCAGACAGACUCGACGCCGAGCAUCAGAGUCUAAAUCCGGCCUCAGAUGGUCCGAGGGACUUGGAAGGGCUGGGGGACAAUUUGGAAGCGUUGGAGAUCGAUGAUGAGGCGUGUACAAUGCAACCAGUUGGAGAUACGACAGCGCAUUUCUCAGGGGAAUUCUCGUAUUGGAACUUCUCCAUGCGUGUCAAAAACCUAAUCGAGAGCCAGAUACAAGAGCCGGAGAGCCGCCGAGAGGGCAAUAGUCAAAAUGAUGACCCGGAUGCUUUUCCACGUGCGCAUCAUCUACGUCCUGGGCAUAAUCACUUGUCGGAAGCCAUAUCAUCGUUCCCCCCUGCAAACAUAUCAAACUUCCUGGUGACAGUCUUUUUCAAGUUCGCAGAGAGCUAUCUCUUCUUUAUUGAAGAGAGCUGGGUCUUUGAGAAAUUAGAUCUGCUCUAUAAGAGCCCUCAAGGUCUGUCCCAAGCUGGUAGUGAAGUGACGGUCAGCAUCCUCCUGACAGUCCUUGCCAUUGGAACGCAAUACGCUCAUCUUGAACACGCCAACGGUUCUGAAAACACCUCGACGUCAGGCCUCUUGGAGGAAGAGAUAGGCGCCAUGUUUUAUCAACAAGCAAUUCGGCUGCUCCCCGAAAUCAUUGAGAUCUCGUCCCUCGAAAGUGUGCAGGCAUGCCUGUUGUUUGGAUACUAUUCCCUGCCGAUUGACGCUUCUGGCCUGGGGUUCAUCUACGUUAACCUGGCUACUAGGCUGGGGAUACAGAAUGGCAUGCAUCGAAAAUGCAGCAACAGCGCCUUUAACACAAGCGUUAUCGAAACUCGAAAUCGCGUUUGGUGGACGACCUACGUGUUGGAAAGAAAGAUAUCUAUUUUUCAUGGCCGGCCUAUCUCGGUGUCUCGGUCAAAUAUCGAUGCCAGUCUACCCAUACAUCAGGACGGUUUACAAUCAGAUGAUUGGCGCAAACGAGCUUCUUACACUGGAGUUUCUGUACAGCUGAUGUACUUUCUCGAAGACAUGUAUCACGAAAUCAACAUCUUGCGCAAUUGUCGAAAGCGAGAGAUAGUCACAAUCGUAUCGCGGCUUGUGUCCAAAAAGGACGGCUUGACCACAUGGUGGCAAUCUCUCCCUCCGGAUACAAUCGACGCAAAUGAGCAACCAACAAUGACACAGUCACGUUCGGCAAUGCACCUAAGACUCGAUUACUGCCUAGUGCGCAUGUUUGUCGGGAGACCGUUUCUACUGAAGAAAGAAACAAAAGACUCUGCGACAAGCCCGUCCGUCCCCGAAAACAGCCCUGGGACCAACGAAAGAAGUGCCUCGAAACUCGUGAGUAGCCGAGAAGAGCUGAUAAGCGACUGCAUCAAAGCGGCAACAGAAGCCCUUGAUAUUUGUCAGCAGCUACGAUCGAGCGGGAUGGGUCUCGCUCGGGCCUCGUAUUCCGAAUACAGUGCGUGUCGAGCAUCGUUGCUGGUGCUGAUUGCCUACUCGAUCCGCAACCUCUCUGACCAAUUCCGCAAGUCGUUAUGUGAGGGAUUGGAUAUGAUACGGGAAAUGUCUGCUGCUGGGGAGUCGGCACGGUCUGAAAUUUCCUUGAUCGAGUCGCUAGAGCGUGCUCUCGCUCGUCUGCACGCUGGAGCACGACCGAACGACGUGGGCAGCCAUAACCAAGCAUAUUCCGAUUCGGCAUACGAAGCAUUCCGCAGCUGGGGAGCCAACUUGGCAGGCAAGAAUGCGCUCGACGCCACUACACCAGCGGUUCCGAAUGCCUCAGGUGGUCAAGCGGAAAUAGACUCCGUGUCUGGCUGGCCUGUAGACUUCCAGGCCCUGUCCAGCAUGGACUUUUUCAGUGCUUAUGACCCCACGGCUGAUCCUCUACUUCAACUACCCGUCUUUGGUACUGAAAAUCUCUCUCCGUCUGAUGGAUGGCUUACCCAGUCCGAGACCGAAAUACUUGGACGAUUCAUUACAGGACCUCAUGGAGGAAACUAGGCACUGCAAGCGAUUUAUAUUAAAAUAAGGUUGAUGGAGCUUAUGUAAAACAGACAAGAACUAAAGCGAUGCUUGUACAAUCCCCUUUGCCAUCUCUGGUAGUGUAUCAGCCAUAACCUCCAUCUGGGCGUCGAAGAUCUCAGCGCAGGGAUCCUGUUCAUAUAUGGUGCAAUAAGCGCCCCGGAAGCCAACCUUGACUGCAGCAGACACGUCCCACAUGUGAGCAGCAGCAAACCACUUGAUAUCAUCCGGUGCGAAUCGAGCUAGGGUUGGCUUGUAUGCAGCCAACGCUGGCUUGGCCACGCCCUGUCCAUCGCAGCUGAUGAGGUUCUCCAGCGGCAUGUCAACGCCAGCGCGCUCAAAGUAUCCGCCCACACGCUUGGUGUCGCCUGUUGUCAAACACCACACUGUGAAGCCGGCGUCUCUUAAUAUUGCAAAACACUCUUUUGCUCCCGGUCGCAACUCGAGGUCCGAAUAUGCCUGGACACAAGCAUCCCUUUCUGCGUCUGUGACGAGUUCCCGUGGUGCCGCAACGCCAACCAUGAACAGCGUGCGGUAGAACAAGGUGCGCAAGACUUCCUUGUAGGGACGAUGGCGCUCAGAGACGGAGAGAAAGGUGAACUCCAGCUCGGCUGCCGUCAUCCAAGUGUAGCCGAAUGCAUUGGCUGUGAUGUGCUUGGCGGCUAGCUUCUCGCCAAUGACACGGUCAAUGCCGUUGUAGAAGGCAUUGAAUGACACGCAGGUGCCGACGACGUCGAAGACCACAUGCUUUUGAUUGGCCAUGAUGGGGGCUUGAUGCCAACCUUGGUUGCAAUCCUAGAGGAUAGAAGAGAGCGGGGCAAGAGGGGAAAGAAAGUUUGGCGAAACAAGAUAAGAUGCGGAUAGAAAAGGCGCAAUGACCUGAGGUUACGUUGUAGACAAUUAUCUCAAGAAGAGACGAGUUACAGCAUCAACAACAACGUGAAAUGGUCUCUUUUAU